UCAUCAGUUUUACGCUUAUACUUAGCCCGCAGAACAGGAUUUUCCGUGGUUUUUGGCAAAGUUCCAGUAACAUGCGCGUGAAAGGAGAAGCGAAAAAUAUUGCGUGUACGGCACACAGAGUUGCAUUGUGGUGUGAGCUGAGUGUUGCAAUGUUUGCGUUGAAAAGAUAUAUACAUUUGGCUGGACCUCUAUAAGAAAGAUAUUAAGAGGUCCCUGUAAGACUUUCUACGACAUUGUCAUCCAUAAUUGGACCAUAACCAAAGACGAAUAUAAAAGAAAAAAAUAUCUGCUGGAGUCUUUGUGUGAUCUCGUGAGCUGUCACCCUCUUCCCUGGCGUGAACAAACCAUGACAACCAUCAUGCCUGUCACACAUCACACAACAACGCGAUUUGAGACGUCACGUGACCGAUGUGGUCGCCCGACUUCACGAGAUUUGUUUGGGCUCAGAAAAUAAAGCGAACUGAGGGGAUAAUGGACGCGUAUAUCGGAUACCAUGAGCACAGCCGUCAGAGAUUUCAUACUGCAUGACAUAGAUAUCAGUUGAGAUCGUUCACAAGAGGCUCGGGAUAUGGGAGACAUGUCGACAGAAAGAUCGCCGAGAGGGAGACCAAGGAAAAUUUCCGAGAACGUUCGCGAACUGCACGCUGUACUGACAAGAGUACUCAACAACGAAGAUCGAACGUUUUUAAUUCAAUCACUAAACCAAUAUCAAAGAGAAAAGAAUGUCAACAAUCUUGUGGCAUCUCUCAAGUCAGUCCUCGAUACACCAAGAAAGAGAGAAGUAUACCCACUGUUACGGCAAAUUAUUCCCCAUCAUGACCAAGAAAUUUUCUGUAGACUUUGGGUGCACAGUUUCGAAGCCCGCCAACGUUCGAAGUCACCCGGUCGAUCGCCGGUGAGUCUACGCAGGAUUCCCACCUCAUCGAGUCUUCCGGACAAUCUUCAUAGGCACGCAUCGGAUUCAGGGAUAGAUCUUCCAAAUUUAACGCAAUACCCUUCUUCGCGGGACGUGAAGUAUCCCAUCAAGCGAAUAACCGUAAAGCGGCCUUCAAGCGCUGGAUUUGGCUUUUGCAUUCGCGGAGGAGCCGAACAUGGCGUUGGUUUGUAUGUGUCCUCCGUGGACGAGAACUCCGUUGCUGAAAGGGAAGGCCUUUUACCCGGAGAUCAUAUCUUUCAAGUUAAUGGGACCAAAUUUGACGGACUUACACACGCGCAAGCUGUCAAGAUUAUUCAAACCAGCAAGAAGCUCAAUCUAAUUGUGCGCUCAGUAGGCCGUGUUCCAGUAAGCUUUGUUGCUGAGGCAACUUGCAAAUGGGUGGACAUGAGAGGUCGAAGAGCAUCGCCACCCCCUGGAGUGGACUCAAAUGGACGCAUCUUGACUGCUGAUGGCAUACAUAAAAGUGAUUUAAGACUAUUAGGAGAUGACGAUGAAAGAAAGGUGAACAUAUUUGUAGAAGAUGGCACAAAGCUGGGUCUGAUGAUUCGUGGUGGCUCUGAAUAUGGACUAGGAAUCUAUAUAGCAGGAGUAGACCCUGAUGGUAUGGCUGAGGAAGCAGGACUCAAGGCUGGUGAUCAAAUCUUGGAUGUAAAUGGGCUAAGUUUUCUAAACAUCAGUCAUAAAAAGGCAGUGAAGGUGUUAAAAUCUACCAAGAACAUGAUAUUAACCCUGAAAGACAUUGGCAGGCUGCCAUUCACCAGGGUCACUCAUGACAAAACAAAAUGGAUUGCAAAAUCAGCUAAAAAUGGACAAAUACAACGCAGUGUUCCUGAAGUCACUCAUAUUACAGAAGUUGAUGUGCAUACACUCUCUGGCUCUGCCCUACAAGGCCAACCAUCUCUAUCUAAUAGGCGGCAUACAACAACAGGAAGAAUGGGACCUGAAGCUGAAACAGAGCCUUCCAUGUUUCAUCAUGGCAUUGCAGGAUCUCAAGUACUCUAUAAUGGCGGCCUCCCUUCUCAAAAGAACUUAAUAACAGAACAAGCUCGGCAAAUCCUUAAUGAUAAUGAGCUAGGAACCUUGAAGUACUACUUGGAUGAGUAUUGCAAGGGUUUCAUCAACAUCAAUGCUUUUGUGCUGGCCUUGUUUGAUCUGCUAGACACACCAGCCAAGAUGUCAUUAACGUUCGAAAUACGAGGUUCUGUGGCACCUAGAGAUAUUGAUCAAUUUGACGACUUAGUCCUCAAAAAAGAAAUAGAAGUUAUGAAGAGCUGUCAGUUUUUUGGAAACCAUAUGGCAGAUGAUAGGCAGUCCAUUCACUCAUAUGCAAGCAGUGUCUCAAGUUAUUCUGGAAGGGGAUCUUCCUCAAGCCGAAGUUCAGCAAGAGGAUCCCUGAAUGGUGCUGGCUCACGUCCAAUUACUCCCCCACAAGUGCCUGAAGUUUUGCCUCCAAACGUGAAAGUCGACUAUGACGUUGCAUCCCCUCCUUCAGAAUAUGAUGUUUAUGAGGCGACACUCACGUUCAAAGACGACCAGGAAGAGACUUUUGACGACGGAGAGUUUGAGGGACUACCUGAUUUGCUUACUAUCAACCCGAUGUCGUUGGACCUUUCUCCAGCUGAGGGAUUUUCAGUCUCUUCGCCUCUCUACGUCCCAACUCCUCCCGCGACCUCCUCGCCAAUGAAUGAACCCCAAGAACAAGAAUCACCAAGGAGGACGAAAGGAGAGUCAACAGCAAGUCUGCAAGUAGGAGACAAUACGAGAAAGCAAAACUCAGGUGCUGAGGCUGACGAGUUUUCGAGAAAGGGAGUGAAGUCCUCCGGCAGUCACACCUAUGUUAACACAGAUGUGCAGUCUUUAGGGAAACGGCCUCCUUCAUCUGAGUCACUUCAGCGGGACAAGAGUUCAUCUGCUGAUGUUCAUCCGUCGAAGAAAAAAUCCGAGAAACCACAAUCACCGCCGAAUCCAUCUAUUUUUCCAAGUACAUUCCAGGGCAGUGUGAUGGAUACAGAAGUUGGGCGGCCUUAUACAGCAUUGUAUGAACCAACACAACCAAGUAGCAGUACGAGCAGCUCGCCGCGAAAUCACGUGAUCACGCAAAGUGAUGCUCAACCCAAACACGACGAAGGGAAACAAGAUGUCGUCAGUGCAAUACUAGAUGACGACUUGAGACCAGAGGUGGCGAGAUUACCAGGGAGGAAAAGGGUAGCAUCCUGGGGCACACAACAGGACGAAAAUGGACCUCUCACCAACGGGGAUCACACUGAUGGCGUUUCAAGCUCGAGGGGGUCGGAAAGCGCGGCUAGAGGUAGCAGCGCGAUCGAGCACAACAAGGUUAAUCUGCCGCACAACCAAUUCUCUGACGUCAGCAGCGAGUCGUCGUCGCGCAGUGAAAGUCUUCGAAGUUCUGUGACGAAGAACAGGAAGAGUUGGGACGGUGUGCGAUAUCCUGGCGAGUCUGAAGAAGACCAGAAGGUCUCCCGUCUGGAAAGGCCACAAGAUAACAAGGAACGGAGCUGUAGUGAUAGCAACUUGAUGAACCUGCCUAAAGAGCAGCAAAAAGUAAUACAGGCGAAACACAAAGCAAGUCAAGAACUCUAUGAACUUCACCAACAAAGUAAAACUAAGGGCAAUCCUUCAUAUCAAAUCGAAGCCACUACCUCGGAAACCAGAGAUCGCUUGCAGACAUCCCCCAAGACGAAUGGGGUCGGUGAGUCGGUGUUUGUUGUGGAGGUUAAUAAAUCGUCAGGCAGUUUAGGUCUUACACUGGAAGGCGGCUCUGAUACGGGAGGCGACGUAAAAAUCAAAUCAAUCAAGGAAGGUAAUUUCGCUGCCUGGAAGUGUGGGAUGUUAAAAGCAGGUCAGAUUCUACUUCAAGUGGACGACAUCCCACUUCGGGGUAUGACCAGCGGCAUAGCGGUCCUCACCUUGAGACAUGCGUACUCCAGCCCGGACUCAGCAGUACUCAGGCUGCUUGUUCGAGACGUUUAAAUGUGUAGUCAUUUUGAACAACUAGGUUUCUUUCAAAUUUGCUGUGAGCCAUUUGUAGUAUAGAGCCAAGCUCAAACGUCUUGCACUGUGCAUAUAAAAUUUUCAAAUGAAGACAUACGUUUUUACCAUAGCAAAAUAUGCAUUCAAAUGCUGUUUAAACCAGUCGGUGUGUGAAUAAGUUAAAUCUGUUGUGAUAUACCCUAGGAAAAUUAAGUAUAUUUAAUAUAUUUUUCCAACUUCAUUGGCCUCGCCCCGUGUACAUUCAAAUGUCGAGAAGUUUUCUUUCUUCGUGACAAGUGUUGUCAUUUGAGAUAUGACUCGUCUUUAUAUCUCUCUUGUGGGAGAUGAGACCAGGACGCGAAGGGCAGCUGGAGAUUAUUCCAAGUUCAUUUUCUUACUGUUCAUUUGACACCACGGAAGGCAAGCAAAAUUUUGUGAACGAAUUUAUUCCAAACAAACAUAAAUAAAAGUUCUGAAGACAUGA